AAAAAAAAAAAAAAAAAAAACAAGAAACUCCGCCUCCCUCUAGUGGAUCAGGACUCGGCUCCAUCCAUGAUUCUACUAUCGUUCCUCUGCAUCUGAUUUCUUUCUUUUUCUCAUCUUCCCCCCCGUCCGCGGAGAGAGAACUGGGAACGAGGCUCUUCUUGUUCGUUCCUUUUGUUUGUCCUCUUUCUCCUCCAUCUUCCUCCGGCUCUUUAUCUCAAAGGUUAUGGUCUUGGUCGUUCCUGGUUCAUAUCUGAUGGGAGAGUCUACAUUCUCUCCAUUCUGUCUACCUCUUCUUUCGGUAUCCGAACCCCUCCGCUCUGACAUAUGAGAUAAUCGCAAUUCCAUCGUCCAUCCCACGCUUUUGCGGAUAAUUUACUUGCGGGCUCUUUCCUUGCCGAUUUCGUCUCGCCGUCAAUUUUUUCUCUGUCUUGACACCUCCAAUAUGUUCCGCGUAGGCUCAUGGCUGUAUGGCAAGAAGCCAGCCAACACGCAGUCUCUCGACUCUUUGUCGGAACUGCGGGAUCUCGAGGAUGCUAUGAGAGCGGCGACUCUGAUCCUCAAUGACGAUGUUGAUGGCGCCGAAAAUGGUCUCACCCAAGGAUCAUCGUCUUUCCACAAUCUUGGAAAAGGCGUGGUUGCUUUCAUUCGAGCAACCUUGGGAUUUGAACAGGAUAUUAUGCGACAAGCAUCGGAACGACUCGUCGAGGCGGAAACCAGCGCAUCUAGCGACCAGCAUCGAGCGCAGCAUAAUGCGCAUGCACCUAAUAGCUACCACUCACAGAUGUAUACUCCCGGUACGGAAUUUGCACUAUGCCAGGCCAUGGCACAACUCAUGAGUGCCGUUGUCGGUGUUUUAAACGAGAGUCUUACGGAGAGUAUCAAGGGUUUCUAUAAAUUGAGAAAAGCUUUCAUAACCCUUGAUGCAAUCCUCAAAAUGGAAGAGAAGUUCAUGCAGGAAAGAGAGUCCGAGUUUGUGACACCAGCUGAAACUGGGACUCCGCGCUCCACCGCGUCGAACAACUCGACCACAAAGGUCUACAAGACGAACAAGGACGCCGAUAAGAUCGCAGCUCCUUUUGAAGACGAAGAGUUGUCUAAAAAACUAGCAAACGUGGAGGUUUCUGAGAAGCCCUCGGACUCUGCAUCAACCAGCCCGGCGGCAGCCAUGCUUGAUCACGACCCCGAUUCCGACAUCUUCAAAAACGAAAUAGACGUCUUUGUCCACUCUGGCGCCAAUUUCUGUUUCGGCAUUCUCCUUUUGCUCAUCUCGAUGGUCCCACCGGCAUUCAGCAAAUUGCUCAGUAUCAUCGGGUUUCAUGGGGAUAAGCAAAGAGGGUUGAGGAUGUUAUGGCAAGCCAGCAAAUUCCACAACCUGAUCGGUGCACUUGCUGCCUUUGCAAUACUUGGUUACUAUAACGGAUUUGUUCGCUAUUGUGAUAUCAUGCCCGAUGCCAUUGACGGAGAAGACGCAGAUAUCGAAGGGUAUCCCCAAGAAAGACUCGAGUCUCUUCUCGCUACGAUGAGAAAGCGAUUCCCUAACAGUCAGCUUUGGAUUCUUGAAGAGUCCAGAAUGAAUGGGGCAAACAAAAACCUCGAGAAGGCUUUGGAGAUGUUGUGUGGCGAAAACCACAGUCCUCUUAAGCAAGUCGAGGCAUUGAGAGUGUUUGAGAGAAGCUUGAACGCCAUGUAUCUGCACAAGUAUGAGCUCUGUUCAAAGUCGUUUAUAGAGUGUGUUGAUCUGAACUCUUGGUCACGCUCAUUGUAUUAUUAUAUCGCCGGAUCGGCACAUGUUACCCUAUAUCGACAAACCGCCAAAACCGACCCCAAGCAGGCAGCAGAACACGCUGCAAAGGCUUCAGAGUAUUUCCGCAUGGCACCUCCCUUGGCUGGGAAGAAGCGUUUCAUGGCAAAACAGCUGCCUUUCGACGUCUUUGUAACCCGAAAAAUCGCCAAGUGGGAAGCCCGCGCUCAGGAAUGGAAGGUGCCCUUGGUUGAUGCUGUUGGCGUUGAUCCCAUUGAAGAAAUGAUUUUCUUCUGGAAUGGACACAGCCGCAUGACAAAGGACCAGCUGGAGGAGUCGUUAACCAGGCUGGAUUGGUCAGGAAGUAAUGACAACAAGACCUGGCCCCAAGAAGGUCCAGAGGAGAGAGCAAUCCUGCAACUGCUACGAGCGGCCGUUUUCCGUUCCCUGCACAGACACGAGGAGGCAAAGGAGAUUCUCCAAACCCGUAUUCUCAGCCAUGACAAAAUGCUUUUCAAGGGCCAUCUCAAGGAUGACUGGAUAUGCCCGGUUGCGAACUUUGAAAUGGCAGCGAAUCUGUGGAUGGAGCGCCCAACGUACAUUUCCAUGCACAGUACAUCCGAAUCAUCUCUACCCGAAUAUUCCGAGAAACAGCCAGUUAACUCGGGCAAAGCGAGAAACAAAGAGGACCUUGAGAGACAGAAGGUCAUGGAAUGCAAGGAAUACCUUGAAAAGGCAGCCCGGUGGGAGAGCUACGAACUCGAUGCUCGUAUUGGGCUCAAGGUGACGGCUGCAUUAGAGGCAGUGCACAAGUGGGAGAGUACCCAUUCGCUCUCCGACGAGAAUUGAUUGAUGGACGUUUUUAUGCCUUUUACUGAUUUCACUUUAUAAAACGACUGACUUGAGCAAUGAAGUCUACGCAUGAUGUUAGUGCAACUCGGAGGAUGUCAGGAAUCAUUCCGCGGCUGCUAGGAAAAACGGCGUUGAAUUUCCUCUACAAGAAUCUCUUUUAAACCCCACAAGCUCUGUUGACUGUUAAAUAGAAAUGGAAUCUCACCUUGACUCGUGUGGAUAAUAAUCCGUAGCCUUGGGGUUAUCUGUAGACUGCAUAGCCACG